AUGCAACCGAUCGGAGGCAAUUUGACGAAGGAUUUCAACCCAUUGUCUGCCAAUGUAAACCUCGCACAGUCCGCAUCGAACACUAGUCGGCAAAGUAUCGAAAGUUUGUGCGCAUGUAUUGAGCUAUUGAACAAUCCUGAAACCAGGGAAAAGGCCCUUCUUGAAUUAUGUAAACAAAGGGAGAAUUUUCAAGAUUUCGCACCGAUCCUGUGGCACUCAUAUGGAGCGAUUGCGUCUCUGCUUCAGGAGAUAUGCGCCGUUUACCCAUACAUUAAUCCCCCAAAUUUAAGCGCCCAUCAGUCCAACCGAGUUUGCAAUGCUCUUGCCCUCCUCCAAUGUCUUGCUUCGCAUCGCGACACACGAAGUGAAUUUCUGAAGGCCAACAUACCCUUCUACUUGUACAAUUUUCUUAACACCAACAAUCGUACGCGGCCCUUUGAGUAUCUUCGUCUCACCAGUUUGGGCGUCAUUGGAGCCCUUGCUAAGGCAAGUUCAUUCACUACCGAUGAGCCGGAGGCCAUUAACUUCCUUCUGAGCUCUGAAAUUAUUCCGCUGUGUCUACUCAUCAUGGAGUCUGGCAGUGAGCUAAGCAAGACGGUGGCAACUUUCAUCAUGCAGAAGCUUCUGCAGGACGACGUGGGAUUGGCCUAUAUAUGCCAGACCUACGAACGUUUUGCGCAUGUAGCGGCGGUCCUCAGCAAGAUGGUGUCACAACUUGCCAAGGAGCAGUCUCUGCGUCUCCUAAAACACGUCAUCCGCUGCUAUCAACGCCUAUCCGAUGAUUCCAGGUAG